AUGCGCGUUGCAGUGCGCUGGGCCGCCUCGUUGCCGUCGACUGGCGCCGCGACCGGCCUCGCGGUCGCAUGGAAGGGGUGGAGCGGGCAGAGCGCCCGCUGCGACUCCAUUCAGAUUUUGGGGGCCGCACAGGGGUCCCAACGCAAUAUUUUGGCUCCUGUCCAAUCCCAACGCAAUAUUUUGGCUCCUGUCCAACGACACCUAAACGUCAUGGACGCGUCCUCGUCGGACUCCGCCACCGCAUCGGACUCCGUGUUCGCUUCCGCCGAGUUCCAGGAGUACGAGCGCGAGUUUCGGCAGUACUGCGCAGACAACCUGCGCUCACACAACCCACAGACCGACUUCGACAGCAUACGCCGUGACUCGGCCGAGGACCUUGCGGCCAAGCUUGCGGUGCUUUCGCAGUGGUGGCGUUCUGCUGCGCACGUGGCCGGCAAGCUUGCUCUCGUGGCGACGACAAAUGACGACUCCCUGCAUGGCAAGGCAGGGCUGCCGAAGCACGCCCUGGUCGAGCUUCACGGCAACCUGUUUGUCGAGGAGUGCGCACAAUGUGGUGCGCGCUAUGAGCGACCCUUCAAGGUGCGCACGGCGACAGGGCUGUUUGAGCACGCCACUGGGCGACCUUGCGAGAAGUGCGGCGGUCCGCUUCGGGACAACCUCGUCAAUUUCGGUAAUACAUUCGAGCAUGUGCCGAGCAUGGAGGCAGAGCAUGAUCGCGCGUGGGUAGCGAUGCUGAAGGCAGACUUGGUCGUCGUGCUUGGCAGCAGCCUGAGCGUGCCGACCGCGUGCGAACUUCCAGAGGAAUGCAUACCGCCGCGCGAGGCGAAGCCAGCAGGCGGCAGGCUGGUCAUCGUGAGCUUUCAGAACACGCCGAAGGAUCCGCUCGCCGCGCUGCACAUCUUUGCUCCAUGUGACGACGUGAUGGCCGCAGUCGAAGCUGCACUGCUGCCUGCUGCACCAACACCUGAGCGGCUGGGUGUGGAUGCCUAAUGAGAUUCCUUUGAGUUUUCAAGAGCGAUGCGGCAGUAGAAUUUAACCUUCGUAGAAAUCCUACUUGGGGCUUUGGUCGGUCGGUGUGCCGUCGGACUCGGGCGGCCGGUGGGCGAGGACGGGACCAAUCCAAUAAAGCCUUCGAGACAAAAAUAUGCACGCCAUGCAAGUUG